CGUAAACCGCAGGUACAGUAUCCGUACUCUGUCACUAGUGUACCUUACAUUGCCUGAUUGGGUAGGUACCUGUUAGGAUGCCUGCGCCUCAGGCAUGUGUAAUCUUUUUUUUUUUUUUUGCCGCCUGGCCCGGCCUGUGACCUCAGUCCCAAGGACGAGGUACCUAGCGUACUAGGAAAGUAUCGGGCAAGCCACUGCAACCAAGCCCUUCCCUAUGGAUACAGCAAUCCUGUUUCUCCGUCUCAUCUCACUUCCACCGGGAAACUCUUCGGACGACCUCUCUCCCUCUCCUUCCUUCCUUCCUUCCUCAACCACCGAAUCCGCCAACUCUCGACAACCGACAGCGGCCAAAUUCACUUUUGUGUCGUCCACGUCAGCUCGGAUUCUGGUGCUGCCCACUUUCCCUCUCGAACACGAGUACGCCACGGGGAAGAAAACGAAGGGGGAAAAACAACAAAAAAAAGCCCUUGAAUCGUCUCAUUCAUUGCCGCGAGUCUCCAGCCCCCUGCCCCCUGUGCAUUUCGCCUGUGUACUCCCUCGGCCGAGUAACACAAUAUUCCUCAACGCCAACUCGGACUACACAUCAAUUAUUCCAACAGGUUCGUCAUCCUGCCUUCACCAGGCUGCCCACGGUUCCAAAGGCCCUAAGUCGCCCAAGGCGUCUCCUAGAACCUCAUUGCCGAAGAUAAAACACAGACAUAGUUUUAACUUCCAGAUCUCGCUUUUGCUGACAGUGCUCCUCAGCAGUGCCCAAACAGCCCUCUUCCUAAUUGUUACCUUCGUCCUUGAAUCGUGUUGUGUCUACUGGCGCAGGUCGGCCGACUCACAUUUCAACAUCACCUGAAACGGGGACUUGAUCCGAAUCGACUCGCACGAUCCGAAGAUCGAGCCUUCUCCCCUCGAGAGCGCGGCCGAACACCUUGACCUCGGUCAAAACGGCGCCAAGGCAACUUAUCUAUCCUCAAGCCGGCAGCAUUAGUCUUAUGGCUCAAUAAUCCGAGUGACACCCGACCU